UUGGAGCACUUGUGUAAAAUUUCCUAUAGCCCCAGGAGCAAAAAAACCACAAAAUAUGUGAUAAUAUCGAGCUAGCAAAUUGUGCUAGCGGACUGGAGCAAUAGCAAUAGGUAGUGAAUCGAAGCCUGCUGAAGUUGUAGUCGGCAAAUAAAGCUUUACUUCUAGAGCCAAUGUUUUGCUGUAUCAUAUAAAAUAGACAUCUUGCCAUCCUCGUACAUUUCUGCCCCGAAAGCAUACCAUAAGCACCCUCCGUGUGUAUGGGUGCUCUCGGUGGAAAUAUGUGAACUUCGACGAAUACGUAAAAGUGGCGAUUUACAUGGACACACAUAGGAAAAACAGUAUCUUCGUAAAGUCUCCAUCUUGGGCUUAAACUAGAAUUGCACAGUGCAACCUGCAUCCCCUCUACAUGCAUAUAAACAUGGCUCUGCUACAGAAUAUAUGCAAGUUUAAUGGUUGUGCUCUAGAAUUCCAAAGCCUGGAUGCAUUAAUACAUCACAUAGAAGACACACACAUAAUAGACUAUAUACCACUCCUAGAACGGGCACAGCCAGCAUGUCUUCCGCUCAGCUGCAUUCUGCCUUACAAUCCGCAGUAUGACAGUGUUGCACCAGCAGCCAGCGGUGCAUCCGGUGCCGUUAACGGUGCUGAUACGUUGCACCGGUGCAAAACCGGCGUUGCGGCGGUUUGGGGGUCAGCAGCGCAUGGGGUGACGAUGACAGUGUCCGGUGGAAAUGCCAACAAUCAACCCACUGAUGCAGCUGCAAACUCUACCGCAACGAGCGGCGCCGUCAAUGGUGUCAACCACAGUGGUGCAGCCACGAACGGAACCGCGGAACAGAACGGCCUGGGCGGCAAUGGUGGUACGCUGUCCGAGGUAUCCAAAAAUUCCCUCAAUCAACCGACAGGCACAGCAGAUCUCAAGCGCAAAAUCGCCAUUAAACAUCACAGCUACAGCAUCUCGUCGUCCAACCGGAGCACAACACCAACAGGUAGUGAAUUGGAUGACGAUGAUAUGAUGGUCUCCGAAUCGGAAGACAGUAAUGACUCGUGGACGACGGAGGAGUUCAGCUCGGAGUUUAUAAUGCGCUAUGGUAGCAGACGACACUCGGCGUCCGGCACCGGAAACGGCUCUAAUUCAUCCAAUGAGAAACCGUUCGCGUGCCCGGUACCUGGCUGUAAGAAGCGGUACAAGAACGUGAAUGGUAUCAAGUACCAUUCCAAAAAUGGGCAUAAAAAGGACGGAAACCGGGUUCGCAAAGGUUUCAAGUGCUUCUGCGGAAAGAGCUACAAAACUAAUCAACGUCUCAAGAUCCACAACAUGCUGUCGCAUGGUCCCGGCUGGACAAAUGCUGCCACCGCUGGUAACAACGUUUCAGGUAACGUUUCCACCAGCUCAGGCUCGAUCGCUGCAGUGCAGCAGUCCAAUGGGUCGGCAGUAACAACCGGACCAAGUGCAUCGGCAUCCGAGACCGAUGGUUCGGUGGCUGCAUUCGAGACAAUUCCAUUGCCCCUGCCGGUAGCGGCAGUUUCGAGUCAAUCGCGUGCCAGUAUUUCCAGCAUUAGCUCCGGCUCGACCCAGAGCACUAACACCGUAAGCAUCCCAACAUCCAGCUGGGAAGGUUCUUACACCCUUGACUUCACUUCCACCGAAACAUCCGGUAUUGGAACAAGUCCAUCCAUCGAGCAGGACCAACUCCAGGAACAGUCGACCCUGAGCAGUAGUACUUCCGGCAUCAGCACCCUGAACUCCAGCCCCAUCACCAACGGGAGUACGAUGCGUACUAUCAGCAGCACUUUCCCAAGCGGCACCCGAAGCUUUCUCCAUCUUUCCAGCAGCGUACCGAACACAUCUAGUCAGAACGCGUCACAACGGACGAUCACACCACCACCGCCUCCGACACCCGCCACACCGACCCUGGCCACGCUGACGCCUGCCGCGCAAUCCGGUUUCACCAACGCCACGAAGCGAACGGCAACGACCACGGCAGCAGCGACGCUGAUGAUUUCGCCGAUACCAACGGGCCACGGUGUGACCUCGGGUGGAUGCUUCGCGUCCUCCACGCCCAUCUCGUCACCGGUGAGCAUCAAGUACGACAGUUUGGGCAUACUAACACCGGCCACCUCGCCCAAGCUGCUCGCCACCAACAUCAGCCCCGAGAAUGGGCAGCAGCUGCUGGCCGCCGCUGGCGGUGCAUCCACACCCGCCGCCGUGCAAGCCUCGCCCCUUCCACCUGCUUCGACCACCACCGUCGUGAUGCCAGCCUUAAAUGUUAGCGUAGGUGGAAACGCGACGGGCGGUGGUGGUACGUCGGCAUCGACAACGGUCGUCAGUGUCGCCUCCGCUUCCGCCAUCGCCACCACCCCCACCAGCGGCGUCGCGCAGAACGGGGAGCCAGUUGGGAUUGCCCUGGUCGUCUCCUCCAUCGGAGGCUGCGGUGAGAUGAACAACACCAACUCCACCGUCACCACUACCAGUACCAGUAAUAACAAUGCGGUUGUGCUAUCGGCGUCAACCGCAACUAGUCAGCUGUAUGCCGAAGAGACGUAACCGAUACUUAAGAAUUUAUUGCUGCGAAAGUAUUGACUGGCUCGCGGGAGAAAGAGCGAGCAGAAGGGUGUGCGUGGGCGUGGGGAGUGGAGGGUACCUGUGUCUACUAGUAGUUUAUAGGCUUUCACCAUGAAUAACCACUUGCGAAUAACUUCGGCCCCCAUAUGCACACAUGCAACUCCAAAUCGGCAAUCGCUCACUCGUGUUGGCGCAUCCUGGUAGUGACAGACAAGUGUUUUUUCGUUUUAAAUUUUAUCAUUUUGUUACUUUCGUUCAAAGUUUAAUUAAUCUUACUUCUUAAUCAGAACUUCUCUGUUGCACGGAGGCACUCACUGUAUAUAUAUAUUUGGCGUAAACAAUAGUUUACGUUUUGCGAGCGAGUCGGUGCAAAGUGUCUGGUGUUCAUACAUCCCUGUACCUUUAAAAAAGGGUACAAUGGUAUAUGGCCUAAUGUACUCCCGAAAAUCGCAAAGCGACACGUAGCACAACGAUGUAACGAUCAGGAAUGUUUGGGAAAUGAAAAGGAACCUAUCAUCCUCCCAUCACCAACCCUCCCUGCUCUAUCGCUACUUCCAUGCCACCGGCAGACCAGGCUAGAAUAGAAUCUGUGAGAAGGCGAUACAGAUACACAAACUCAUAAAUCAACUUCCAUCAUCCUCAUCAGCAGUUUACGUUCGCAAAGAAAGUAGGAUUCUCAUUUUAUUUUAUUUUUUUGGACAAUCUUCAGUACUAAUCGUUUUGUUUUUGUUGGUUCCUCACACGGUAAUCUUAUUGCCGGCAAGCUAUUUGAACAACCGGUGAGCUAGUUAGAUUUAGUAUAUCCUUAUUUCAUGCAAGUCUUGAUCGUAUUAGAUUGCCAUGGCCCGUUGCUUCGCCGGUGAUCGGCAUAGGUCCCUGCUUUUGUUUUCUUCUCUUUUCUUGCUUUAAUUCUUAUCUCUACAAUAAGCCGAGGGCGUGGCAAAUAGGCGUGAUUUCGCGUAAGGAUCUAGGUUAAGUUUUCGUCAUUUUCGCUUCCGCCUAAGCCUUACACGAUUAGUUGUUAGUUUUAUUUAUUUUUAAUAUCCAAAAACAAUCGUACCUCAGCAUUUCCUGGGGUUAGAUUUUGUUUGCUCUUGUCCCACGAUUAGUUCCUGUUUUCGCGCAGUAGUUUGCCCCAAUCAUACAAAUGUCUAUUGCGCGUAGAAGUUUGCGUUUAGUUUUGUUCUUUAGUAUUUUGUACCGUACACGCAGGGGGGAUGAAGGUGGAAACGUAGGGCAAAGAUGUAGAUAUGCGAAAACGAUUUACGAACGGAUCUCAUAAGAAUUAUUUUAUUUUACUUUACUUUUCAUUUUAGUACCGCGUGACAAAUAGCACGAUUUAAGCAUUAUAACUAUCGAUACCAAACCUCAACUCUAGAAUGUAAAGAGGACGCCAAGAAAGCGAAAAGCGAGUUUAAUCUUUUUGUUGAUUUAAAGGAUUAAAGAUGGGCUCAUGAAGCGAACCCGAAAGUUACUGGUCCAAUAUUAAUAUUAAAGUAUGCGAUCAAACCGUAUCCCCAGCAACAGAUACACGCAAAAGUAAGGAAAAAGAAACAAAAAAUGAACUGUCCGCAUAGCCCCGUUUCUCGUACUCUCUGCUCUGUGAGUCGGUCGGAAGAUGUGCUCGAAGAAAUUAAAUUAAAAAGCAAAUGUAAUUUAUCAAAAGCUUGGGGAUAGCGAAUACUGUGAGGUUAGUCAGCUAUGUUUGCUGAUUGAGAUCGCUCGCAACGUUGUGUGUACUCGAAACGGCACCAGCAGGCCAUCGCUUUUCAAAUUGGUUGCCUGUCACUCCAGGCGUACACAUUUCCUGUGAUUUGUCUUUCUUUAAUCACCUGGGUUUUCUUUGCUUUGCAUAUAUAAAUUUAAACGUACGUGCUAUGAACCGGAUCUUAUAGGCUCUGCGUGGAGAAAAUAUUUAGCGGUAGUAAGUUAAACAUAUAAGUCAUAUGCGAACUUUCUGUUGUUUAAGUGGAGAACUUUCGAAGUG